UUACUAACCUAACCAAUCAAAAUAUUUAUUUUUAUUAUUAUUUAUAUUAAUCUUUGAUUAAAUGGAUUGGCAAUUGGACCUAGAUCCCUCAUCGAAUUCUAGAGUUCACAUGCGAUUAUAUAAAAAUGUGAAAAAUGUUGAGGAAAUAAGUAAAAAGUUGUUUGAAGGAAAGUUGAACUGCUGUGUAAUCAAGCCACAUCUUAUAGUCGACCCAUUUCAAGUAGCAGUGGCGGCUAAUAAAGCGGUUGUUGCAGAAAACUUAACAACCAAAACUAUUUUCACGGAAAUCUUGUUCAACUUAUCCAUAUCGAAAAACAUAACGGCCAGUUUGAAAACGUUUGGAAUCAAUGACACUGAUAAAGACUUACUUGUGGUGUCGAUAAGUGAAUUAGAUGAAGUGAAAGAUACUGUAGAUUUUAUAAAUGGUGAUGAAAUUAGUGUGAAAGAUAUUAAUAAACUAACUGAUGUGAAUAUUGUGAAAAAAACUUAUAAGAUUACAGAUGAAGAAUUUAAAAAUAAUGAUUUGUUGGAUUCUAUAAUCAGCAGAAUUGCUAUAAAAUAAAUAUUUUGUUGUUUUGGUAAU